UAAACCCAUAAAUCCUCUGCCUUUCCUCCUCUUUCCCUCCUCAGAAACGAGCUAACAAUAAUGCUGUCUUCAAUCCAAAAUCCGAGGCUUCUCCGCCUCUCAACCCUCCAUCAAAUCCCCCUCAGGUGCCUCCAAACCUCCACCACCCCUGUCCCCACACCCUCCUCCCCACAACCCACUUCCCAAAUUCUCAGAAUACGUAAAUCCCUUCUCUCCCGGGAGACCACAGCGGUAGAAAUAGCCAAGACUUUCCUCAGCCGCCUCCGCCGCACCGAACCCCAACUCAAGAGCUUCCUGUACGUAUCCCCGGAAGAUGCCGUUUUGAAACAGGCUGAAGAAAUUGACAGGAGAAUUCAGAACAAUGAGGAAUUGGGCCCUCUUGCUGGAGUUCUUGCUGGGGUUAAAGAUAAUAUUUGCACUUCAGAUAUGCCUUCCACUGCCGGGUCCAAGAUUUUGGAGAAUUAUACUCCGCCAUAUGACGCCACGGCGGUUAAAAAGUUGAGGGAAAAUGGCGCUAUCAUUGUUGGCAAGACUAAUUUGGAUGAGUUUGGUAUGGGAAGUACUACUGAAGCCUCUGGCUAUCAGGUGACAGCUAAUCCUUGGGAUUUAUCUCGGGUACCAGGGGGAUCAUCUGGGGGCUCUGCAGCAGCUGUUUCUGCUCAACAGUGUGCUGUGUCAUUGGGAACUGAUACUGGUGGAAGUGUUAGGCAACCAGCAUCAUUUUGUGGUGUUGUUGGACUCAAACCAACAUAUGGUCGUGUCUCAAGAUAUGGCCUUGUUGCUUAUGCAUCAUCUCUAGAUGUCAUUGGAUGCUUGGGUUCAUCAGUUGCUGAUACAGGGAUAGUCCUUCAGGCAGUUUCGGGUCAUGAUAAAUUUGAUGCCACUAGUAGUAAACAAGGAAUUCCUAACUUUGCAUCCCAGUUUAUUCCCAAGGAUUAUUUGGAUUCUAAACCUUUGAAAGGACUUAGAGUGGGUGUUAUCCGUGAAACCCUUGCGGAUGGAGUUGAUCCAGAUGUAAUUUCGUCACUCCAACAUUCUGUUUCUCACUUGGAGGAUUUGGGAUGCACCAUAUCUGAGGUCUCAUUCCCAUCUUUCUCCCUUGGUUUGCCAGCAUACUACAUUCUUGCUUCAUCCGAAUCAUCCUCAAACUUAGCCCGCUAUGAUGGAGUUAGAUUUGGAAAUCAGGUCUUUGCUGAUGAGCUAAGUUCCUUGUAUGGGGAUUCUCGUGCUGAAGGAUUUGGUUCUGAGGUUAAACUUAGAAUUCUAAUGGGGACAUAUGCACUUUCAGCUGGAUAUUAUGAUGCAUAUUACAAGCGUGCCCAGCAGGUUAGGACUUUAGUUCAGAAGAGCUUCAGAGCAGCUUUGGAAGAAAAUGACGUUCUGAUCUCACCUGCAGCACCAUCUGUUGCUUAUAAGAUUGGUGAGAAGAAAAAUGACCCGUUGGCCAUGUAUGCGGGUGACAUCAUGACCGUCAAUGUCAACUUGGCUGGUUUACCUGCAUUGGUUUUACCCUGUGGAUUUGUUGAAGAAGGAUCAUCCGUUCUUCCUGUUGGUUUGCAAAUGAUUGGAGCAGCAUUUGAUGAGGAAAGUUUACUUAAAAUAGGCCACAUAUUUGAGCAGACGCUUCAAGGUUACAGUUUUGUCCCUCCACUAGUGGGCAAUGACUUUUGAGUGCUAGUCACCAUCUGGCAUUGCAAUUUGAAAAUGUAGAAAGAAUUUUUUCAGGGCUUUUGGAGUUGCUGUAGGUUACAAGACCAUGAUGGAUGUUCUUCAAGCGUUCUUCCUACUAGAAUACCUGCUAUUUUUGCAGGCAAAUUCCGUCAAGUUGAUACUUUAACCUGUUUGCAUUGUGUAUGUUCAGAGUUAUUCAUUGAAGACCUGAGAUGGUCCACUAACUCUCGUCCACAGUGCUAGGAAAAGUUGCUGCAGAAAGCAUCUAUAUAAUUAUAGAGGAUUCAUUGUGUGAUAUAGCAGCUGAAUUAACUGAUUGUUUAAGAUGUAGAUGCUAGUUCUCAUAUUUGCAUUUUGCAGUAAUUUAAGGGUGUUGUACAUGAAAUUUUUAUCACAGGUUCAAAGGCUAAGUAGACCUGUUUCCGCGUCAUUGUC